AUAAGGGGGACUAAUUUUUGGAAGAUUCAUUUUAUGUCCUGUAAUUAUUUUGAUCACCCGUUACUUUUCUGAUGAAGAUCUUUGUUGUAAAUAUAAUGCAUCAUCUGAAUGCAUUGCGCACGUGAAAGGGACGUGUGACGUCACCAGUAGUCUUUACGAUCAUUUUUCUUUCACGUGUCCGUCUUGAGUCUUAACAAAGCCUUCGCCAUAUUCAUGUUGUUGGCGAAUGUUUGUUCUGCAACAGUGUUGAUAUCGUCAGUCGAAGAGGCAGAAAAGAUUGUAGAAAAUGUUUAACAAGAAUAUGCGAUGUUUGAUUCAAUCAAGCUAAAAAUAAUGUAGAUUGAACUGUUUAUCGGUGCAAUUCCAUCUUUCAUUUUGUAAUUUGUUGCUGUAACAUAAAUUUAAGAUCGUGAUUCGAUGUGUCGCAAUUGUUAUAGAUUUUCAUCGAGUGUGGACAUCGAUAACGUAAUUCAAUAAUGUUUUCGUUAUUGUGUAUAAGUAUUUUAUUGUUCGCAUGUGAUGCGAAAAGUGCAGCAAAUCCUCGUUGUAGGGAUGAGAACAAUCGAAUUGUUGAUUGGUAUGUACUUUAUAAAUUGCCGAAGACAUCACAAAGCAGCAAUCCGGUGGUUAGAGAAGGAUUAGCGUAUUUGUACAUGACCAAUAAUACUGUUGAUAAAGGUUGGCAAUUAUCCAGGAAAAAUAUCAGCGCGAAGAAUUCCAUACCGGGGAAUACUUUAGCACCUUUGUACAAUGAUUCACAGGCAUCGAAGGCUUUUUGGUUCUUGUACAAUGACGAUGCGCCUAAUAGAGGUGUCAACGGAAAAUACGGUCAUACUAAAGGCGUUAUGAUGAUUAACAAACAAGAAGGUUUCUGGUUAAUACACAGUGUUCCGCAAUAUCCACCUGUACCUAACAGCGGUAACGAUACAAGACGGGGACACCGCAUGGAAUCGUAUCCAGGGGCUACAUAUAAUUAUCCGUCAUCCGGAGAGAAUUAUGGACAGAGUUUCCUGUGCAUUUCCGUGGAUAGCGAUCAGUUCGAUCUGAUUGGUCGACAGAUGAUGUACAAUCAGAUAAUAGUGUAUAGAAGGAACAUCCCUGCUACAUUCAUCGCUACGUUUCCGGUGCUCACGAAGGCAGCUAAUCAAAAGCGUAUUAGACAAGCACCCUUCAAUAGUAAGGCAUUGUUCAAAUCGUCCAACGGUGUUGAAUUCACAUCCUUUGCCAAGAGUGACAAGUGGCAGAAAGAUUUAUACGACGAUUUUGUUGCGCCAACGUUACAAACUGAUUUAUUUACUGAAACAUGGUUGAAUGGACGAGGUAGAUUGCCAUCGGAUUGCGAACAAGUAAAUGUAUACAAUAUCAUAUCUAUUUAUAUCCAUUUGGACGAGAUUGACAUCGAUUUUAAGAGUAGUCGUGAUCACUCCAAGUGGGCGGUGGCUGUUCAAGGUAAAGGUAAUCGUACUUGGAUCUGUAUUGGUGAUAUUAACCGAGCGGAUACUCAAUACGUGCGAGGCGGUGGAACUGUUUGUUUCAAUAACAAGAAAGUUUGGGAAAAUUAUCGGAAAAUAGUGAAUGAUGUAGAACAAUGUCCUAAGCACUAUAAAACAAUUUUAAUUUAGAGAAUUUAUAAUUUCGCUAAGAAAAUAAUAGAUAUGCUAAAAAAUAAGAAUGUAAUAAUUUUAUUCUUGUUGCAUAUAGUUAAGUAGUUAAGUAGUUCAAUAUAAUUUAUAAAUAAAAAAUUGUACAUUUUCAAAAUUGUACAUUUACGAUACAAUAAUACUAGAAAUAAUGUUAUAAUCGAUGUAUUUUAUAAAAUUACGUAUUGUACAAAUGUAUGUAUGUAAUACGUGUAAUAAUCAACAGAUUAUAUCAAUAUUUUUCUGCAAAGGACUAGAUUUAUAUAUUUGGAUUAUCAGAAUUUAUGCAACUCUAAAAUAAAGAUGCAUUUUUUGCAUUAA